AUGCGCGGCAAGCGGCAAGUUGGAUUGCCGCCGCCGGAAGAGGAAUUAGCGCAGCAGCAACAGCAAGAACAGGAGCAGGAGCAGCAGCGGAGGAGGCAUCAGCUCGAGGCGUUGGUCCACGCGGGCAAGGAGGUUGCGAGCGUGAAGACGAGGCCGACGACACCCGUCCUGGCGAACGACGGAGGGGGUGGCUUCUGGCUGGCCACGGUGGCCGGGGGGCCUGGUGCCCCGCACGGGGCCCACCACCCGGCCAUGGACCCGACGUGCGCCACCGCCGAGACGGGCUUCAUCAACAGCCAACCCUCCAUGGCCGAGUUCAUGACCGCGUUGCCCCAGCUCGCGGCGGGCGACGCCGGCGGCCUCCAGCACUCGCCCGGGGCCGGGGGCUCCAUCAGCCCCGCUUCCCACCAUCCCGGUUACCACGCCAUCAUCGACCCCCACGGCGUCGCGGACCCCUCCGUCAACGUGCCCGAGUACCCGUGGAUGAAGGAGAAGAAGACCACCAGGAAGAGCAAUCAACAAGAAAACGGACUGCCAAGGAGAUUACGUACGGCCUACACGAACACGCAAUUGCUCGAGCUAGAAAAAGAAUUCCACUUCAACAAGUACCUGUGCAGACCCCGAAGAAUCGAGAUAGCGGCAUCCCUCGACCUCACCGAAAGGCAGGUGAAAGUGUGGUUUCAAAACCGGAGGAUGAAGCACAAGCGUCAAACGUUGAGCAAGGAGGACGGGGACGAGAAGGACGGUUCGGCGUCCGACGGGAUGGAGAAGUCCAAGGGUGAGAAAUUGUUGGCGAUCGACAACGAGGAGAAGAAGAGUUGCCACAACUGUGAUAUCUCGAGCGUGGGCGACCCUGUUGGCAGCACCCUGCCCGGCGACGUGACCGAGCUCACCUCGUCCUCCAAUCGUCGACUCGUCAACAACAACAACAACAACAACAACACGCCCACAGCGACCAACAACAACCCAGCCUUCAACGCCAACAGCAACGGGGCGAGCAGCGUGGGAAGCACAAACAGCGUGUCCAGCUCCUUCGAGAAGAUGAUAGCGGACGACGACUCGAGGUCGCAGGACGGGAGCGAGGUCACCUCGCCGACGAGCGGCGCCAAGAAAUUGGCCACGACGUCCAACGACGUCGUGGUCAGAGUGAAGGUGGAGAGCGGGCGCAAGAGUCCCCCCCUGCCUGGCAAACAGGGGCAGCACUCCAUCUCGGUCAGCAAGAAGUCACCCUCCACCUCCUCCUCCUCCUCCUCCUCCUCCUCCUCCUCCUCCUCCUCCUGCUCCUCCUCCUCCUCCUCGUCCAAGGAGCAACUGUGCUCGGUGAACAGCAACGGGGUGUUGCUCGCUAUGCCCGACUCGACCGUCAGCACCCCCCUCCUGCCCGGCCAAAACUCGGCCAGAAGCCUGACCCCCUCCUCCACCCCCGGCACCCCCGUCUCUGUCCAACUGCAGCAAGGCAGCCCCCUAGGCAUCCAGGCCACCCACGCCUACAUGCAACGGCCGAGGAGCUCCCCCUCCUCCUCCUCCUCCUCCAUCGCCGCAGCUCCCCCCCCUCCGCCCCCCGUCCUACUCGCGGGGGCGCCCAUGAUGCACGGCUCGACCAACGCGGGCACCAUGUCCCCCCACCACCAGGGGCCGGGGACUAGGAACAACAACAACAACAACAACAACAACAACCACUUCCAGCAACAGCAACACCACCAGAGCGCCAUCUAUCAAUCGGGGGCGGCAGCGAUAGAUUACAGGAACGGUGUCGCUUCGAACCACAGGCAAGCGACGAUCCCUCCUCCUCAACAGGCCAGCUAUUGCUCGAGGGAGGGGUACCAACAGUCGAGGCUCUCCUCGUACCAAGGAGGCGACGUUCACCCGUCCUUGUACUCGAGGCAGAACCACCACCAACAGGCAACCUCGUCCACGACCACGGCCAGGCUGACCCCCCACCACGUCCGCGCCAAUUCCUCGAGGACGACCGGUGGCCCCGUGUACCAUCAUCCCAACCAAUUCCACCAACAGCAGAGCCACCAUCAACAGCAACAACAACAACAACAACAACAACAACAACAACAACAACAACAACAACAACAACAGUAUACAGGGGCAGGCGAGUACAACGGUUACAACGGGGGCCUACAAUCCCCCUAUCACUCCUACCACCACUCGAGGAGCGUGCAGCAAACGACGAGCCAAGCUUACCCCUCGGCCGGUUACCCAGACCAUCAUCAUCAGCCUCAGGAUCAGGCCUACAUGGGGGCCGGCUACGGCGGCUACCACAACAACGCGACCGCCUACCACCAUCAUCCCUCCACCUCGGACGCCGCACUGGUCCACCACCAGCAUUACUACAACGACCUCCACCACCACCACCACCACCACCACGCCAACGCGGGGACCGGGACGCCGGAGGCGGCAGCCGGCUACGCGGGCCCCAUGCACCACCCUAGCUCGGCCGAGUACGGGAGGAGCGGCAAGUGUCACUACUACGAGCAGGCCGGCCAGCUCCAACACCACGUCCACCAGGGCGGGGAGGCGUCCAACAUACCCAACAGCUACGUCUCCUCGCCCGACCCCUUCCCCUCCACCGCCCCUGGGAUGGCGACCACGGCCACCGCGAUCGCGGCUGCCACCGCAGCCGUCAUAACGCCACCUGGCGGCGCGCAGGCCGACACUGGCGACUCGUACAACAACAACAAUAAUAAUAAUAAUAAUAACAACAACAGUAACAACAACAACAGCAGCAGCAGUUCGUACGGCAACUUCUACGCGGAGCCGGUCCACCACCACGCGGCCGCUGCCGCCCCACCCCCGCCCUCGGCCGACAACAGCAACAGCUCGUCCGACUUCAACUUCCUCACCAACCUCGCCAACGACUUCGCGCCCGAGUAUUAUCAGCUCAGCUGAGCCCGAGAGUCGGAGGGACAGGAGGGGGGGCAGCAGCAAACGCUGGAUUGGAGCGACGAGCAGUGCCUGCUCAACGCGUUGUACUGAUGGGCAAGGGGCUGGU